AUGAGCGAACCGCGUGAGAAGGACAAGGCCAAGAAGCCGCGGAGCAGGCGUGGUGGAGCAAAUGUCGGCGCGGAGAAGGGCAUUUUCAGGCCCUACCAUUCAGUCAGCGUUCCUAAGAAUGCAGAUCUUCUACACAAUUUUCAAGCUGACAGGCCCAAAACCACAGUUAUGCUGCGGAACAUUCCGAACCGCUACUCGCAGGCAAGCUUGCUUCAAGAGAUUGACCUGGCCGGCUAUCGCGGUACCUACGACUUCUUUUACCUGCCCAUGGACACCCAGAACAGGACAAAUGUGGGAUAUGCUUUCAUCAACUUCCUCACGUCAACCGACCUGGAGCGUUUCAUGGUGGAGUUUGCUGGUUAUCUGUUUCAGAAUCACUCAAGUCAAAAGGUUGCCAGAGUUUCUUUGGCACACAUCCAGGGCUUCAUUGAGAACAUACGACACUUCUCAAACCGUGCUGUUUCGCAAUCACGAAACAGCCAAUACAGGCCGAUUGUCAUCCACCGUGGCGUUCGCAUGGACAUCUCGGAGGCAUAUGACUUGUUGUGCUCUGUCCAAGCUGGACAGUCGUCCCAUGAUGACUCCACCAAAGUACCGCUACCUCCAGGCAGUCUGGCAGUUCAAGAGCCGCCAGGCCUUUCGGACUCUCUUCCAUCCAUUUUGCCACAGUUGACCACAACCGAGACGACCAGCACGGAGGACUACGCUGGCCGCUAUUCUGAGGCAAAGAAAGGCUUCGAGGAGGCCGUGUCCAUGCUUCUGAGGUCUUCAUGUUCUGGACGCGAACCAGAGGCAGCAGAGCGGCCAGAAUUGGAAGACGACGAACGCACAGAAGGCUCCCACAGUCAGCCAGGCUCACCGCGGCGAAGCUUUCAGAGCGUGCCUGGCGCGAAGCCCAACUUUCCUGUGCCCAUCUUCCUCGGGGAGACCCCUCAAGGUGGACCGGAAGCUGGCGAUCUGGCAACACCUCGCACGAACAGGACCUUGUUUGUGCAUGGCCGAUUCUCGGCCUGA